UCUGCUAAUGGAGACAAUGAGCUUGUGGGACAACUUGGUCGAAGAGGCACUAGCAAAGCUUCAAUCUUUGAAACUCCUUCGGUCUCUGAGACCCAUUCACCUCUCCAGUCACCAGCCAGGAAAAGCCAUUGAAAAUGAAACUCAAAACUCCUCGAAUUCCGAACAAGAAGAAAAAGGACACGAAUUCUUCCAGGUGUUUGAUAAAAUGCAGCCCUGGGACCGGUCCUCUGUGGAGGUUCAGAUGGCCGAAGAAACAUUUCAAAGAUGGAUCCGUGACCUUCCCAGUACUGGAGACGAGGCUUCCUGUAGAGAUGAAGUAACUGAUAAUGAAGAAAAGGCUUGUCCUCAGCAAUCCAAAAGGCUACUUUUGUUCUCUGGAAAUGAUUAUUUGGGCUUGAGCUCACAUCCGACAAUUGGAAAUGCUGCUGCGAAGGCAGCCCAAAAACAUGGAAUGGGCCCAAGGGGUUCUGCUCUAAUUUGCGGCUAUACCAAUUACCAUAGGCUACUAGAGUCAAGCUUGGCAGAUCUGAAGAAAAAAGAGGAUUGCCUUCUUUGUCCUACUGGGUUUGCAGCCAAUAUGGCCUUAAUGGUAGCAUUAGGAAAUAUUGUUGCUCUCUUGGCUGCAGGCAGAAAACUUUUGGAGGAAGAGAAGAUUGCCAUAUUUUCUGAUGCACUGAAUCAUGCAUCAAUAAUAGAUGGUAUUCGUCUUGCGGAGCGAUACCGAAGUGUUGAAGUGUUCAUCUAUCAACAUUGUGACAUGUCUCACCUUAAUGAGCUCUUAUCGAAAUGCAAAAUGAAGAGGAAAGUCGUUGUCACUGAUGGUUUGUUUAGUAUGGAUGGAGAUUUUGCACCAAUGGUUGAGCUAGUAAAGCUUCGUAAGAAGCAUCAGUUCUUGUUAAUCGUUGAUGAUGCUCAUGGAACAUUUGUUUGUGGAAAAAAUGGGGGUGGAGUAGCUGAGGAGUUCAAUUGUGAAGGAGAUGUUGACAUAUGCAUUGGCACUUUGAGUAAGGCUGCAGGUUGCAGUGGUGGAUUCAUAGCAUGCAGCAAAAAUUGGAAGCAACUCAUACAAUCAAGGGGUCGCUCCUUUAUAUUUUCAACUGCUAUGCCAGUCCCCAUUGCUGCAGCUGCCCAUGCUGCUGUAAUUGUGGCGAAAAAGGAGACAUGGCGUAGAAGGGAAAUUUGGCAACGGGUGCACGAUUUUCAUACUCUUACUGGAAUCCCCAUCACAAGUCCCAUAAUAUCUCUUAUUGUAGGGAGUGAAGAAAAGGCCCUACAAGCCAGCCGGCAUUUGUUGAGAUCUGGCUUCCAUGUAACUGCAAUCAGACCCCCAACAGUGCCUCCCAACUCAUGCAGGCUAAGGGUAGCCCUGAGUGCAGUGCACACAAUGGAUGAUCUGAAGAAGCUCACCACUGCACUCUCGCACUGCAUUAAUUUCCAAGAUAUUGGCUACCAAAUCCCAAUUGGAUAUGCAAGGCUGUAGUGUUUGAAUUCUUUUUUUUUUCCUUCUUCUUCUUUUCUUUCCUGGAUUGCAUUGAUUCAAUUUUGCAAGAAUGAUUGAAAUGUUGCUAUUGUUCUGUCAAUCAGCAGUAAUAAAUAUACUUUAAGGGGCAGCCUGGUCUUUUUUUUUUUUU